AUGAGCUUCAGCACCAGUUCCGAUAUCUGUCCCGCAGGGAACUGUGACUAUCGCGAAUCCGAAGCUUCCGAAAAACGCUAUUCGAAUUCCGGUACUAGACAUCGUGUCAGGCCGCUCGAUAAUUUAUCAUCCAGUCUCUGCAGAUGUGCAGACGAAUCCAGGGCUCGGGUCGUUCGUCAUGCUCAGAUCGCGUCAACGGCUUCACCGCCAAGGAACACAUCCGUUCACGCCUCAUAUGAUGGUGUGGAGAUGAUCAUCGAACCGGAGACUUAUAUGAGUAGUGCAACUGGCCGCUUGGCCGGUGUUGGUAAAGCCUCAGGCGUUGAGUCCGCCGGAGGGGCACAAAUGCAACCCAACCCUCUUGAUCAUCCCAUUGUCGCUCGAUUCGUGGAAACUCUCAUAGCGCGCUGCCCUGGGGUCCGCCGAGUUAUCAUUAAAACGGACGAUGCAGGGUCCCACAGACUUCAGACGUCGCGCGAAUGGCCCGGACAUCUCGAAAAACUUUUCAGCAAUAUGCAUUUGGAAUCAGGCAUCCCGGAUUUUGAAUGUGAUGCGGACUACCAGGGUUCAGCCCCAAAGAAACCAAGCCAAUUUUAGGUCGCUUUCCACACCCAUCCAUGGGAUUUGCUAAUCCGGCGUUGGACUAGCCAACGUGACGCUUUCCGAGAUCAAUACCCCCAACGUUGCUGGACAGUUGUACUCUUUACCCUAUUCUGAUAUCCGCCUGGCUGCCUGGCAAUUGUUUCUGUGAUUCAAGCUAUCUGAAAAAUCCUAUCGCCGAAUUCCUUUCUUUGUUUCUGUAUCUUGUAUGUCGCUGGAGCACCUUCCAGAACGCGCUGUCGACUCACUGAUGUUGUCAUUUGAUCAAGCUGUGUACCUACUUCUCAACAGGCUUCGUACUGAUUAUGCGGACAAUGCGGACUACCUGGAAAAGUAAUAUACUAUACCCUGUUAACAUUAU